GUGCAGGUGCGGAGCCGUCGAGAGGGAGAGCGCGAGGCGGCAGAAGGGAGCGCGGCAGGAUGCGGUCGGCGCGGAGCUGCAGGCACUCGCCUUUGGCGGCCGCGGCGGGGAUUUUGCUGCUGUGCCUGGCGGGCCGAGUUAGAGCUCAGGAGGUCCAAGCCGAGAAUGUCACGGUAGCAGAAGGCGGGCAGGCUGAGAUCAAUUGCAAGCUGCACCAAUACGAUGGCUCCAUUGUGGUGAUCCAGAAUCCAUCUCGGCAGACGCUCUUCUUCAACGGCACACGAGCCUUGAAGGAUGAACGUUUCCAGCUGGUGGAGUUCACCCAAAAACAGGUCCGCAUUGUGCUCUCCAACGCCCGUCUGGAAGAUGAAGGUGGAUACUAUUGCCAGCUGUACACAGAAGAUACCCACCAUCAGAUCGCCAUCCUUACAGUGCUGGUUCCCCCGGACAGUCCUUUAGUGGAGGUGAAGGAACAGGCAGUAGAAGGAGGAGAAGUUGAACUCACCUGCAGCGUUCCCAGGUCACGCCCUGCGGCCACCCUGCGCUGGUACCGGGACCGGAAAGAGAUAAAAGGAACAAGCAGCAAGCAAGAAAAUGGGAAAGUGUUCAGCAUCACCAGCACGGUGCGUUUCCGAGUGGAUCGCAAGGACCACAGCAGCAUCGUGACCUGCGAAGCCAUCCACCCGGCACUGCGCGGCCAGCGGAAGCAGACGCAGUAUGUGCUAGAUGUACAGUAUUCACCCACAGCCAGAAUUCAUCCCCCUCAGGGAGUCAUGAGGGAAGGAGACACCUUAAUUCUGACUUGCGCUGUAAAUGGCAACCCGCUGCCCAGAGACAUUAAAUGGAGCCGAGCGAAUGAAACGUUGCCUGAGCGAGCCCUGACAGAGGGCGAAGUCCUGACUAUUCCCAGCCUCAGCAUGCUGGAUAAUGGCACCUACUCGUGCCAAGUGGCCAAUAAACAUGGACGGUCCUCGGACCAAUACGUGCUGGUAGUUUAUGAUCCUGGGGCUAUUGUAGAGGCCCAGACGUCAGUGCCCUAUGCCAUUGUGGGGGGUAUCCUGGCUCUUCUCGUCUUUCUUGUCAUCUGCGUCCUCAUCAUCAUGGUCUGGUGCUCCAUCCGGCAGAAAGGUUCCUACUUGACACACGAGGCCAGCGGGCUGGAUGAGCAUGGAGAAGCCCGCGAGGCUUUUCUGAACGGCGGAGAUGGUCAUAAACGCAAGGAGGAGUUUUUCAUCUAAGCCAGGGGAAGGAAGAGGAGGAGGAGGAGGAGGAAAAGGGGGGAAAGGGGUGUUGGGAGAAGCUGGCGAAGGAGAGGGUGCACUGGAAAGGGGAGAGGGUUGCAGAAAAGCUCUUGUUCCGGCUGUGGGUGGGUGGGGACGACUGGCUUCAAAAAAAAAAAUUGGGAAAAAAUGAACGAAAAGAUGCUUUAAGGAAUAUAUAAAGCCCCCAUUGUGUACAAAAACCGACCACCGGCGGCUCCCGCUCUCUUUUCCCGGUUUGAUUUUCCAAAACCGAGGAUUUUUUUUAAACCCCCCUCCCCUUAUCCAGGAAGCUCCGCCCCCGUCCCCACCCUCUCUGCCUUCAGAUGCCUCUUUCCACCAAAACCUUUUCCUCCCCACCCUGUUCCUUGGGUAGGGCUGGGUAGGGCAUGCUUAGCACUGUUCCCCCCCACCUCCAAAAACAAAGUGGGGAGGGGGCAGAGCUGCUGCAUUUCACACACCCCCCCCUUUUGGGGUGGAACCAGUACUUUGGGGGAGGGGGAUGUUUGUAAAUAAAGUCCUAACGGGAAAUGGAAGACACACCCCUCCCCCCAUGGGAGGUUGAAGGCGAGGGGCAUCCCUGUGCCCCCCCCCAGCCCCCCAAAAUUGCUUUGUUAGGUCCGACCUUCCCAGGUAUUUUAGCACUGAGAUUCACAGUAUUUGGGGAGGGAGGCAGGGCUAAUGGGGGGGGGGGAAGGUACCCUGGUCUUCUGGAUGGAUGGAGAACCCUUGACCUGGAGUCCUGGGUUCUGGAUGACCCUGAAGACCUCGUGUCCGUGCUCCUCACCCUCCGCUCUUCAGGAGUGCCGGCGUGAUGGCCGCCUGCCACGAGGGGCAUCUUGGGGAUGUCUUUGGGUUGGGUUGGGGUGUCUCUUUUCGGCUGCAUGCUUUUCCCGGUCAGGGCCGGGCUGCUCAAGGACUCUUGGGCUGUCAGAAGCAGGUUUUAUUUCUUCAAAGCCAUGAUAGUUUGGGGAGGGUAACGGAGGGAGGGGGAGGGAGGACGAGGACAGGGGGAGGGGGUGUCUGUCUGUCUGUCUGUCUCAUCCUUGUUAUUGUGACAUUCUCGGCCGGAGGGCAGGAAGUGGGACCCCCAAAGCCCACCGGAUCAUCCACUUCCCACGCCAUGUUCACCUCGUCAUCUGUCCCAUCUGGACAGCACAGCUUGUUGGGCCAGCUUCUGCGGGAGGUGGAAGACCUGCCUGUUUUUAUUGUUACGUUUUCAAGUCCGGCCGGCUGAAAUAUAUUGGUGAAUGCAGAUUAAAGUUGACUUGUCUCCGUCUCCUCCUCCUUUCCUUUUGACCACGUGGGGAGCCCCUAGGCCAGGAGUCUCCCACGUUGGCCGCUUUAAAGACAUGCGGACUUCAACUCCCAGAAUUCCUCAGCCAUCUUUGCUUC